UUUUUAUUAUUUAGAAUGUGGGUGGAAUGAGGGUGUGCAUUGAUAAGUUAAUCAUUCAUUCUUGUCUGAGCUUGUAAACUGUGUCCUUUGACCAAGGGCUGUUCUUAAAAAAGAUAUUGUUGGUAUACUCUGAUCUGCAUUUGAUGUCUGAAAAUUAUUUCUGCGCUCAAAGAUGGGUGCCACCUUUGUUUAUUCCUAUUUUUUGAACUGCAGCAUGACAGAAGGGAUGGUAACCUGGUGGCAGAGCACAUGCUUCUUGCAGAAAGCCCCACAUUCAGUUGCUGACAUCUCCAUGUAGGGGUUGGAAAUACACUUCUCCGAAACCCUCUGCCAGCCAGCAUAGACAGUACUGAGUUAGAUGGACCAACGUUCUACUCUGUACUAGAGCUGUACUGAAAUCCCCAUCCACUUUGUGGAGCUAUUUGUACUCCAUGAAAGCAGGGGCUAGAGGCUGUCAGCUGUGUGUGUGGGUAAAUUUUACAAACUCUUCUUUGGGUGGAUUACCUUGCUUUUAUAUGAGGUGGCUGAGGGUUUUCCCUCCCUCUUCAUUUCACUUUUUAAAAAAGGUUUGCUGCUGCUUGUAGCAAUGACAGGGUUCUCCGCAGCCUCCUGGCCACAUUUUCUGCACCAUGGCACUCAUGGGUAUAACAUUUAGUAUGAGCACUGUAUGUUCCUAAUGCAGACAUUAAGCAGGCAAAGCUUCUCUUGGCAUGGAGAUAUAUGGUGAAAAAAACCCAAAAUGUAUGAAACAGGACUAAGCACAACUGGCUGGCUCAACACAACAUGCUGAGAUUAUUUCUUGUGGGUGUGAGUUUUAGAAAUGAUGGCUGCUGGCACUGUUUCCCACCCUGCCUACAACUAGCUUACUGUAGCUACAGUGGAAAACAUUUGAAAACAAAGAUUUCUCAGAAUUCUGUUUUGAAUAUUAUAGUUGUGCGGUGAAACUCUGUGUGUGCUCACAAGAUAUUGUGAACGUUCUGUACAGAAUGCAAAUGUAACCAUGUUAUCUAUCAAUAGAAAUGCAUAUGAUUAUUUUUAUUAUGCACACUUUAGUGUUACAAUGAAUUAAGGGAUCUGAGAUGAGCCACAGCUCACUGGGAGAGCAUAGGUCCGGUCUCUAACAUCUCCAGGUAAGGUGAGGAAAGACUCCUUUCUGAAACCAUGGAGAGCUGCUGCAGUCAAUAUAUAUAAUACUGAGCUAGGUGGACCCAGUGGACUGACUCGGUAUAAGGCAGCAGCUGUGUUCCUAAGAGUAGUAAUACCCACAUUUAAUGAUGGAUUAAAAACAACUUUUGCCUAACGGUUUUACCAAAAAAACCACUAUUUGACGUGCAACAAAAUUAGGAGUGAUAGUAGAGAAUAAUAUUUCAGGUUUCAUCCAAAACUGAAAGAGUAUUUCUAAAAGUUUUAGUUAGUAAAAAUUUAGUAUUUUUAACAUUAAAAUAAUGUUCUAUGGUGGAGACUGCACCAUCCAACAUCUUCGGGCGGACUGUUCUGACUGUUUUCUACUGAUUGUUAUCCACUGCACUUGAUUAUGAUUCCACACACGCAUGGAAUCCUGUAAGGGUUAAGACGGACAAAGUGGUUGCAAACAGCUACACCAUAGUUUAGUUUGAUGUAAAGAAGCCUCAGGCAUGACUUCUCCCUUCCUCCCCGCCUGCCCAGUGUGACCAAGAGAAUGAAUUCAGAAUCUUUGAUUCCUGUUUUUUGUUUAAAACAGCUUGUCAUUUCAUCUAAACUGAUAAACUAUGAUCAAUGUUAAUUAUGGUGUAUUUGAAACAAGCCAUCUUGAAGCUAUGGUUUAAUAUGAUACUAAAAUAAAUAAAUGUAUAUAAUUUUAUAUUUAUAAAAUUAUAUUUCACCAGGGAUCCCCCAGGCAUUGUGUGAGUUCAACUUCCUCUUGGUUUGCAAUUUAAAUGUGAAAAUGGCUGAUAAGAAAAUUCAAAUGCUGGCUCACAUCAGUUUUGCCCUCUUCCUCUAUGCUCUAAGUAGGCUCUCCACUCUCCAUUUUUAAAAGAGCCAUGUGUGCAUUUGAUUCAUUUAAUUUAUUGCACGUAUCUGGCUUUUCCUUACCGAGGGAAACCCAAAAUGGCAAAUAGGAGACAACUCAAUUAACACUAAAUAUCAGAAUAAUCAAUGGAACACAACAUAACAUAUAUCAAAUAUAAAACAAGUUGAAGCCGUGUGUGUCAAAACAAUAAUACAAUAAAUCUAUUAAAUCCAUAAUUCAACAACAUGUUCUCCUGGCUUUGAUGUCCCCAUACUUGCGUCGAUUUGUGCAAUGAUGGGAUCUGCUUCUCCAUGGGAUGAUCCAGUACCAGAAAAGUCCAAAAUUAUCUUGGUGAUAUGAUUUGAUAACAACUUGUUUAUGGUGGUAACAGAUUUGAUCAACUGGCAUCUUGAAAUUAACCACCUUUAUUUAGAACUAGCAAUGUGGAAGUCCUUAUGUCUGGCAAUGUGAGAUGUUACAAUGUCAUCGUUGAGAUGAUGAAAACGUUCCCCAACACUGAACCAAUUCAGGAAGUGAGCUGCUGCAUGUUGCACAAACUUACACUAGAAAAUUUUUUCAAUAUCUUGGUCUUGAAUGACGUACAUGAAGUCAUUGUGAAGGCUGUUGAAAAAUACACUGCAAAUGCAAAGCUACAGGCUGCAGGUCUGAGUUGCUUGGCUCUUCUCACGGAGACAAUAUUUUUGAACAGAGAUUUGGAAGAAAAAAAGGAAGUGGAACAGGAAGAAGAAAAUUUAUGUUGGCUGGAAGCCUGUUACAAAGCAUUAAAAUUGCACCGGAAAAAUUCAGAUGUGCAGGAGGCUGCAUGUUGGGCCUUGAACAACCUGCUUAUGUAUCAACACAACCUUCAUGAGAAGAUUGGUGAUGAAGAGACAAAGUUCCCAGCACACAGAGAAAUGAUGCUAGCCAUGUUGAUGCAUGAUUCUUCCAAAGAAGUAUUUCAAGCAGCUGCAAAUGCCUUGGCAACUCUGUUGAAGCAAAAUGUAAAUAUUAGAACAAUUCUGUUGUCAAAAGGAAUACACAUGAAUGUGCUGGAUAUGAUGAAGAAACACUCCAACUCACCUGAAGUUGCAGAAAGCGCUUGCAAGUUGCUGAACUGUGCUUUUGAAGGAAGUUUCCCCCCUCUGGAUAUAAUGACAGAAGUGACAUCCAGAGUUGUCAAAGCUAUGGGAAAGCAUAAAACAUCUCCAUCUGUGCAGCUGGAGGCAUUCAGAGUUAUUUUACAUUUUAUGUCUUCAGGGUCAAUGAAAAAGCAGCUAAAUAAUUCUGACUUGGAAGAUACUCGUUUGGUGCUAAUGUUGAAAGUGAUUAAAAACCAAUGUUUGUUGGAAGAUGCUCACUCGCUAGUCCUUUAUGCUCUCAACACGUUUAUUGGAAAUCCUGGCAUUCAGAAAUGUGGAUUUCAAAUACUUUCUUCUGUUGUGGAAUGUUCAGGUGCCCUAGAAAUGUUGACGCAGCAAGGAAUGACAGAUACUGUACUCCAUACACUGCAGAUGUAUCCUGAUGAUCAAGAAAUACAGUGCUUAGGUUUAAGUCUUCUGGGAUCCUUGAUUACAAGAAAGAGCUUGUGUAUUGCAACUAUACACGUUCUGGCAACAGUCCUGGUUUCUGCUUUACGGCGGUUUAAGGAUGUUGAUGAAAUACAGGCACAUGGGUUUCAAGCAAUUAUGUCAAUACUUGACCUGUCACCUUGUUUUGCGAAGCUGUUAAUACAGGAGUCAUUUGACACAGUUAUUUUCUAUCAGAUGUCCAUGUGUUUCACUGAACAAAGAGAACAGCAGUUUCAGAGUCUUUGUUGCAAAUGUUUUGCUAAAAUAGCCGACAACGAUGAUUUAAAAAACCUGAUGCUUGAGAAAGCCUGUGCUGAAUACAACUGCAUUAUGGCUGAAUGCCUGCUAUUGCUGGGAGCUGAUGUGAAUAAGAAGACAAAGGCAAACUCUUUAAUUUAUCAAGUUUGUGAGAAAGGAAGCAAUCCUAAAUUGGUAGAACUGCUCGUAAACAGUGGCGCUCGAGAGCAGGAUGUUCGGAGUGCUCUGACAGUCAGCAUAAAGAAAGGGGAUAGCCAGAUCAUUAGCUUGCUGUUAAAAAAGCUUAGUCUGGAUGUAGCCAACAGCAGCAUAUGUCUUGGAGGAUUUUGCAUUGGUAGAAUUGAACCUUCCUGGCUGAUCCCCUUGUUCCCAGAUAAACAAGGAUCCAUCAGGAAACAAACAACAGGUUCUGCAUUAGUCAGAAUGGUGCUUAGAUACCAAAAGAAAAGCAGCUGUGAGGACCAGUCAAGAUCCAGUAAUGAAGUAAAUGUCUCUGAAGAUUGGACAAUCCUGCCUGACACUUUAGUUGACAAUGUAUUCUGCUUGAGUGAUGAUAUAGAUAGUGAAGGGAGUGAAAACUCGAUCCUUGUCAAGAGGAAAUCCAACUCUGUGUCAGUUGCAGAUCUUCACAAAGACAGGGCCUUGCAGAUGUGUUCUCCACUCCUGAAAAGGCAUGCAAACUCUGUGACUCUUGGAAUUCUCCAGGGACCUGGGUCACAUUACGAGCCUUUAAGGAAUCCAAGAAAAAACAUAUUGUCUUCUGAAGAAUCACAUAAAGGCGUAUCUAAAUUUCAAUCAAAUCUUAAGCAAUCGGACAGUUUUUCUUCAUCAGUCCCUGACAGAGAAUAUAUUAAGUCACUUGAUCUUUCAUCAAAUGAGGUAGAGAACAUAGAUGGCAUCAGUCAAAGCUCUUGCUUAACUACUCACUUGGAGCAUCUUGAGAAAUUAGAGCUGCAUCAAAAUUCCCUUUCAUCCAUUUCCGAACAAUUGUGUGAGACUUUGAAAUGUUUGAGAUAUCUGGAUCUGCACAGUAACCGUUUUACAUCUUUUCCUGCAUACCUGUUGAAAAUGCCUCUUAUAGCACACCUUGAUGUCUCGCGCAAUGACAUUGGUCCUUCCUUAAUUUUGGAUGCAAAGAUUGUCUGUUCAACUCUAAAGCUAUUGAAUUUAUCAUACAACCAACUGUCAUGCAUUCCUGAAUUUCUUUCCAACGUUGCAGAAAAACUGGAACACCUUAUAUUAGAAGGUAACAAGCUUUCAGGUAUAUUCUCACCUAUAUGUUUGAAGGAACUGAAAGUGUUAAACAUCAGUAAGAAUGAGAUAUUCUUCUUUGUUGAGAACUUUCUAAAAGAGUGUUUGAAACUGGAGACAUUCAAUGCUGGAAUGAAUACACUUGAGGCCGUACCUGAUUUACCAGCUAACAUCACUACAUUAAAAUUAUCUCUGAAUAAAUUUUCUAGUAUUCCAGAAGCAAUUCUUCUUCUCCCACAUUUGCGAUCAGUGGAUUUAAGCAACAAUCAAAUUUUAAGUCUGCCUGGGCCUGUGCAUUGGAAAUCCUCUAAUUUAAGAGAGUUGCUGUUCAAUCAUAAUCAAAUAAGCAUUCUAGACUUGAAUGAAAAUGCUUUUUCAUGGUCUCGGCUUGAAAAGCUACACCUCUCCAGCAACAAGUUAAAAGAGAUUCCUCCCCAAAUUGGGUUCCUAGAAAAUUUGACAUCUCUUGAUGUAAGUUACAAUCCAGAAUUAAAAUGCUUUCCCGAUGAAAUGGGAAAGUUGUCAAAAAUAUGGGACCUUCCUUUCGAAGGAUUACAUCUUAACUUUGACUUCAAACAUGUGGGAUGGAAAGCCAGGGACAUUAUAAGGUUUCUUCAACAGCGUUUAAAGAAAGCUGUGCCUUAUAACCGGAUGAAGCUCAUGAUUGUUGGAAAUACUGGCAGCGGUAAAACUACACUGUUGCAACAACUAAUGAGAUGCAAACGACAAGACACGGGUGUUCAGAAUGCUACCAUUGGCAUUGAUGUGAAUGACUGGAAAGUUGUAGUGAAGAGCAAAAUAAAGAAAGAUCUUGUAUUAAAUGUCUGGGAUUUUGCAGGACAGGAGGAAUUCUACAGUGCUCACCCCCACUUUAUGACCCAGAGAGCACUGUACCUUGCUGUUUACGAUCUUAGCAAAGGAGAGGCUGAAGUGGAUGCUAUGAAGUCAUGGCUGUUUAAUAUCAAGGCCCGAGCUUCAUCUUCACCCGUGAUUCUCAUUGGUACUCAUUUAGACAUCUCUAACGAUAAACAGCGUAAAGCUUGUGUCAGUAAAAUUACCAAGGAACUGAUGAAUCAGAGGGGAUUUCCAGCAAUCCAAGAUUACCAUUUUGUGAAUGCUACAGAAGAGUCCGAUGCUAUGGCCAAGCUUAGAAAAACCAUAAUAAAGGAGAGUCUGAAUUUCAAAAUCAGAGACCAGCCAGUUGUUGGGCAGUUAAUCCCAGACAGCUACUUGGAACUUGAGAAGAGAAUUUUAGAAGAACGCACAAAUGUUUCAGUAGAAUUUCCUGUGAUUAACCAGAAGCGGUUGUUAGAACUGGUGCAAGAAAACCAAUUGCAGUUGGAUGAAAAUGAGCUCCCACACGCUGUUCACUUUCUGAAUGAAUCGGGUGUUCUCCUCCAUUUUCAAGAUCCAGCACUUCAGCUAAGCGACUUAUAUUUUGUUGACCCCAAAUGGCUAUGUAAAAUCAUGGCACAGAUCUUCACUGUGAAAGUUGAAGGCUUUCCUAAGUACCCAAAGGGAAUCAUAAAGCGUUCUGAUGUAGAGAAAUACCUGCUAAAGAAAAGUAAAUUCCCGAACAAAUACAUGUGUCAGUACUUCAGACUUCUGGAGAAGUUCCAGAUUGCACUGCCAUUAGGAGAAGAUCAACUCCUUGUUCCAAGCAGCUUGUCGGAUCAUAGGCCCGUAAUAGAGUUACCCCACUGUGAAAACUCUGAAAUUAUCAUUAGGCUGUAUGAAAUGCCUUAUUUUCCCAUGGGAUUCUGGUCCCGGCUAAUCAACAGGUUGCUUGAAGUGUCUCCGUAUAUACUUUCAGGAAGAGAACGAGCUCUUCGUCCUAACAGGAUGUAUUGGAGGCAAGGCAUAUAUCUGAACUGGUCACCUGAAGCCUACUGCCUGGUAGAAUCGGCUGCUUUUGAAAACAAUCCAAACAGUUUCCUAAAAAUUACUGUGCCUUCUUGCAGAAAAGGUUGCAUCCUCUUGGGGCAAGUUGUCGAUCACAUUGAUUCUCUUAUGGAAGAAUGGUUUCCUGGCUUACUUGAAGUGGAUGUGUGUGGUGAAGGAGAAACACUCUUGAAAAAAUGGGCUUUGUAUAGUUUUCAGGAUGGAGAGGAGCACCAGAAAAUAUUACUUGAUGACCUUCUUAAAAAAGCAGAAGAAGGUGACCUCUUGAAAAAUCCAGAUCAGCCAAAAUACACCAUUGCGAUAGCCCAGAUUGCUCCAGACCUGGUACUGGCGGAUUUGCCUAGAAAUAUCAUGUUGAAAAAUGAUGAGCUAAGACUUUACCAAACACCAGAAUUUCUUCUAGGUGAUGGCGGAUUUGGAUCUGUAUAUCGUGCUUCUUACAUUGGAGAAGAAGUAGCUGUAAAGAUUUUUAGUAAGCACACAACUCUUAGGCUUCUAAGACAAGAACUUGCAGUGCUUUGCCACCUUCACCACCCUAGUUUAGUGUCCUUGUUGGCUGCAGCAGUGCACCCCCGGAUGCUUGUCAUGGAAUUAGCGCCAAAAGGAUCUCUAGAUGGAUUACUGCAACAAGACAACGCAAGUCUAACUAGGACACUCCAGCACAGGAUAGCUCUACAUGUAGCUGAUGGCUUAAGGUAUCUGCAUUCAGCAAUGAUCAUCUACCGUGAUUUAAAGCCCCACAAUGUGCUGCUCUUUACACUGUAUCCCAAUUCAGCUGUCAUUGCAAAGAUUGCCGAUUAUGGUAUUGCCCAAUAUUGUUGCAGAAUGGGGAUAAAAACGUCAGAGGGCACACCAGGAUUUAGAGCACCAGAAGUUGCAAGAGGAAAUGUUAUUUACAAUCAGCAAGCUGAUGUUUAUUCAUUUGGCUUGCUCCUAUAUGACAUUUUAACAGCUGGUGGAAGAAUAUUAGAAGGCAUGAAAUUUCCUAAUGAAUUUGAUGAAUUAGCUAUUUAUGGAAAACUGCCAGAUCCUGUCAAAGAAUAUAGCUGCACCCCCUGGCCAGAAGUUGAAGAUUUAAUUAAGAAGUGUUUGAAAGAAAAUCCUCAGGAAAGACCUACAUCUGCUCGGGUUUAUGAGAUUUUGAACUCCGCAGAACUUGUCUGCUUGAUGAGAUACAUUUCAGUACCCUGUACUCUUACAGCAGAAUGCAUGGUUGCUGCAAAUCAAAGUUGUAAGACAACAGGAGUCUGGAUAGGUAGCGGGAGCACAGAAAAAGCACAGGUCUCAUUUAUUGACUUCAAUUCAGAUGGUCACAGCAGUCAGGUCUUUGCAGAUUGUCGAGUAUUGUGUUUGGCCUUGGUAACUCUUUCUGCAGAGAAGGAAAGCUGGAUUGUAGCAGGAACACAAUCUGGUUCUUUGUGGGUCUUUCAUACACAAGAUGAGGACCACAGGCACCAACUUCAGAAGAUGUCGGAUUCUGUCACAUGCCUUUAUUGCAACUCUUUCGCAAAGCAAAACAAACAGAAGAAUUUCUUUUUAGUGGGUACAGCUGAUGGACAGUUAGCAGUUUUUGAAGACAGGGCAGUAAAGUGCAAAGGUGCUGCACCUUUGAAGAUUUUACUAGUUGGAAACAUCAGCACUCCACUUAUGUGUUUAAGUGAAUCUAAUUAUUUAUCUGAAAAAAAUACAAUCUGGGGAGGUUGUGGGACAAAGAUUGUAUCAUUAUCUAGCGACUUGUCUGUCCAAAAACUCAUUGAGACAAAGGCAAGCCAAAUAUUAUGCCACAAGACUUUCAGCAAUGCCAACAUUAUUUCAAUAGCUGUAGACAAAUCCAUCUACUUGGCAAAGAAGAACAGCUAUUUUGUGGAAAUUUGGGAUAAAAAGACGGAGAAACUUUGUGAACUAAUCGACUGUGUGCAUUUUCUAAAAGAGGAGGUGCCAAAACUGAAUAAAGAAUCAAAACAAAAACUCGCCUAUCCAGGAAGAGUGAAAAGCAUCUGCCUGCAGAAGAAUACAGCACUAUGGAUUGGCACAGGGGGAGGGCAUAUCUUAUUGCUUGACCUCUCCACACGUUGUCCCAUAAGAAUAAUAAGUGAUUUCUGUCAUUCUGUUAGAUUCAUGACGACAGCCCAGUUAGGGAGCCUCAAGAAUGUUGUUCUAGUGUUGGGCUACUGCCAUAAAGGUGAUAGUGAAGACAACAAAUAUGCCAAAGGAAUACAGUCGUUUCUGUCUGUAUGGGACAUUAAUCUGCCACAUGAAGUGCAAAAUCUGAGAAAACAUAUUGAGAGAAGACAAGAGUUAGCAGAAAAAAUGAAGAAUUUUUCAUUGGAUUAACUAGCUGGACAUUUAUUUCACAGGACUUGUAUGGGAAGGUUCUGUGCUCGCUCCAUUGAAGUGUGCAGCAUAAAUGCUUGUCAGAAUACACCAACACUGGCUUUGUUGAAAAUACAAAGAAUAUUAGCGACAGGGCAGUAUUAUCCUUUUUCCAACGCCACGGGGGGAAAAACCUCAAACUGUAAUAUAUAAACUGAACUCCUUUCAUCUGGUUUUUGAUGUCAUUUAUAGCACUCCAAGUUAGAGUAAUUCCACCAUCCCAUACUGUAUUUAUAGUGUAUGUAAGUAUAUGUAAUUGAAUAAUAUUUUAUAUACUUUGUAACUUUUUGAAGCAUUAUGAUAUCAAUAAAGAAAUGUUACAGAGCGGUGCAACUAUUUAAAUGUAGGAAGUUGAACAGAUCCUUUUUGGGGGUGUGUGUAAAACUACUCAGAUAAAUACUGUAUACAGAGUUGUAUUCCUCUAGGUCCUACUCAGAGUAGACCCACAGAAAUUAAUGAACCUAGAGUAGUUGUCCAUUAACUUGAAUGGGUCUACUGUGAGUAGGACUAGCACUGUAUAACUGUACACAGUUUAUUAUUCAUUUGCAUACCUGAGUACUGGGUUCCAGAUCCUGCUGUAAAUAAAAUAGUUAAUACCAAUAUGUGUGCUUGCUGUUUCAGGUGUUACCAUCCAGUCAAAUAUUAAGUACUUGCUGUAUAAUCUUGCAACAGAACUUUGCUCUUUGCUUUUCCUAAAUAUAUAGGGUGAUAGCCAGCUAAGUCAUACUCAGAGUAGACCCACUGAAAUCAAUGGAUUUAAGUAACAUAUGCCCAUUGAUUUCAGUGGAUCUACUCUGAGUAUAACUUAGUCUAGAUCUAAUCCUAUGGAUGACUUCCAACUAACAGUGCAAGUCUAAUUAUGGGUUGAAUCCAAUGAAGUUGUCCCAUUAGCGCAAGGACUUCUGCCUGCACAAUGGGACUUCUUCCUGCAUACCCUCAAAUCUGCUGUGGAGUGUUGAUGGGACCUCAGAAAAGAUUCGGGAGUGCAUUUGAGGGAAGGGAGAGGAAGGCCUAUUGCGCAAGCAGCAGUCCCUUGUGCUAAUGAGAUGACUUUGUCAGAUACAAUCCCCUGUCUACUUAGAAACAAGUCCUAUUGAAUUCAAUGGUGUUUACUCAUGGGCAAGUGCUCUUAAGGUUGUAGCCUGAGUUAGCUGUAUUUAGGUCCCAUUGAAAUCAGUUGGACCUAAAAUCAACUAAUGUAAUCCAUUUCCCUGUCAACCUGUUUUAAGCACUUUAGAUUGCUAUUGUUGUGUGAAGGCAAUCAUGACUUUGUGACUUGAUUCUCUGUUGCAUAGCACUAACAUAUUCCUGCCAGGAUGCUCUUUCCCCCUUCCCACAUUCUUCAGUAACAAGCUUUUAUUUAAUUGUGAUGUUCUACUUGCUAUCUCACACCAUACACUUUUCCCCUAUACAGUAGGGCCCCACUUUACAGCAUUCCGCUAAUACAGCAGUUGUGAAUUGUAGACAGGCCCUGCUUUACAGCGCUUGUUCCGCUUUUAUGGCUUUUUUUUGCCGCCGGGCACCAUUUUGGUCAAUGUAAGUCAAUGGGAUCUGCUUUAUAGCGGUUUUUGCUUUACAGCGGGGGUCCGGAACGUAACCCACUGUAUGAGCGGGGCCCUACUGUAACAAGCUGGAAUUAUAAAAGGGGCAAUAUCUUAUACUUUUAAACAGUCGUUCUCACUAAUAAACUAAUGGCUUACUCAGGAGGUGCUGAGAAAGAACCAUUGUCCAUUUUUUAUCUAUCUGUAAUGUUAUGACUGUAUGCAGAUUCAGGAUUGUGAAGAUCUGCUUGAAUUCAUUCUUGUUUAUCUACUGUAAAUGU